CCGGCCAUCGAGAGCAAAGCCAGUGACUCACCUCCGCCGCGCCAGCUCCGCGCUCGUUCCGCGCACCCACGCGCACACCCGGCCCGAGAUGGCGGCGGCGGCGGCGGCGGCGGCGGCGGGGGACUCCGACUCCUGGGACGCGGACGCGUUCUCCGUGGAAGACCCGGUGCGGAAGGUGGGGGGCGGCGGCGGCCCCGCCGGCGGGGACCGCUGGGAAGGCGAGGACGAGGACGAGGACGUCAAGGAUAACUGGGAUGACGAUGAUGACGAAAAAAAAGAGGAAGUAGAAGUAAAAUCAGAAGUAAAAGUUUCAGAAAAGAAAAAAAUAGCAGAGAAGAUAAAAGAGAAAGAACGGCAGCAGAAGAAAAGGCAAGAAGAUAAUAAAAAGAGGUUAGAAGAACCUGAAGAACCUAAAGUGCUAACACCAGAAGAACAAUUAGCAGAUAAACUGCGGCUAAAGAAAUUACAGGAAGAGUCAGACCUUGAAUUAGCAAAAGAAACUUUUGGUGUUAAUAAUACAGUUUGUGGAAUAGAUGCUAUGAACCCAUCUUCAAGAGAUGACUUCACAGAAUUUGGAAAGUUACUAAAAGACAAAAUUACACAAUAUGAAAAGUCAUUAUAUUAUGCCAGUUUUUUGGAAGCCUUAGUUCGAGAUGUAUGUAUUUCAUUGGAAAUUGAUGACUUGAAAAAGAUUACUAAUUCAUUGACUGUGCUUUGCAGUGAAAAACAGAAGCAAGAAAAGCAAAGCAAAGCCAAAAAGAAGAAGAAAGGUGUGGUUCCUGGAGGGGGAUUAAAGGCCACCAUGAAGGACGAUCUGGCAGAUUAUGGUGGUUAUGAUGGAGGAUAUGUACAAGACUAUGAAGACUUCAUGUGACAUUUUAUCUUCUCCUGGUAUCUUCUUUCUGUUGCCCACAAUCCCUUCAACAUGUAGCACAACUUCCUUUCCUUUCAGUUCUGCCAAAUGCUACAAUCAGAAGUGCAGUAUCUUUUGUGCUGGUUAUUUAACCCCUUGACACUUAGGUGCUAAUGUGCGAACAAGGGAACUUGGAUCUCACUGCCAAGGGGUUAAAAUUGGGAACCUCAGUUGCUACUAAAUCAUAGUUAAAAAAAGAAACCUAAUAAUGUUGUCAUUGUUGUUGAUUCCACAAGAACAGUCACUAAAUUGGAAACUAAAGUUGCAACAUGACAAAAAAUCUGUGUAGUAUUUACCAGCACCAUUCAGUAAUACAGCCUUAACCAUACCUCCUUGAACUACUUCAUAACUUGUCAAGAAGAGCAGUUUGCAGCAAGGGAAUGUGGUGUGCACCUAGUAUUAAAAUUGCUUUGUCUUAAAAUUGAGCAUGAGGAUAUUAAAAAUACAUUGUGAAGAAGACGACUGCUCAGAGUGAAGAUACCGUGGCUGAAAAGCACUAGUUUGAUACUUAAAGUUAAAUGACCAAACCCUCCAACUUUGAAGCUGAAGAAGAUAAACCUCUCCAUUAUUGCAUUACAAGUUGUGGAAUCUCUUGAAUGCAGCAUAGACUGUCUAGUUAUAUUUAUCAGACUGUUCUACUGAUGGAGUACUUCAGGUUGGGGAGGGGAUACUACCUGUUUUAUUUGCCUCAUUUAAGUGUCUGAGAAACAAAUCUCCUUUGUUCUCCUAGGCCGCAAUGGAAUAACUUUAACAGGGUUUUGGCAUUUACUUCCCUUUAUAAAACAUGCUCAGCAAACUGCACCAGUUACAGUUUGGCAAAUUGUUAUGUUAACAAUUAUGACAUCGUCAAUGUUUUAUAAAGCAACUAAUUUAAUAAAAUCACUAUUAUGAGGACUUAAUUGUGUUAUCAUCUCCCAAGAGAUAUUUUUGGAGAGUAGAGAACACCACUCUUGGGACUAGAGUUCUCAAUAUGCUUACAAAGCUUAAUAAGUAAGUGCUUGCUAAGUAGUUAAUAGCUUUAAAAGAAAAAUGAGUUGCUAGGCCCUUAAGUGCUACCCUAGAGCAACAAAGGUAUAGGUCUGCCUUCUUAUUAUUUAUUUGGGGAAAUUGUUUAGAUACUAAAGCCUAACUAGGUACCUAGAAGAACUAUUUAUUUGGAGUAAUUGCGCUUAUAACUCAGGUUAUGGCUCUAAGCAUAGAUUGGGUGAUCUUUAUUAUAUACAUUGUCUUUUAAGCAAUUUAACCAAAUUUGUGGUUGAAGUCUUUUUUUUGAAACCACAAAAUCAAAAGUAGGGACAAAACAGAAGAUGUUCUUAAUUUCUCUUAUGUAGGAAAUUGUGGUCUACAGAGCUUUGAUUGAGACUCCUAAGUGGAAGACAGGACCAUCUAAAUGAUUUGAGGAAUUAACAAAGCAGUGACUACAGAGCAAUAAUGACAGCAAAUAAAGAUUGUUUUCAGACAGACAAGGGCUAAGAUUUCCUUAGCAGUAAUAAUGACAUACACUGAAUUUAAAAUCUAUUUUAUUACAGAGAUCAGUUUCUAAGAAAUGGAAAUGUAUCAUCUGUUCCUGAACUGUGUAAAUAAUAUUAAAUUCCUUUGAAACUGGAA